AUGCUAGCGUUUAAGGAAGUUAUAAACUUCCUCGUUUUAAAACCCAAUUUAUACCUCGAUAAAAUCUGUGCCUUUCUGGCUAACGAGUAUAAUGUUAUUAAUAAUUUAAGAGGGUAUAUUGUAACGAGGAUGGAUAUAGGUACUACCCGCUAUAAAAGGGUUAGAGGCUACUCUUUAAGCGGGGCGGGGGGUAGUAGUAACGAACGAAGAUUGAAAAUCGAAGCGGUACCGGAGGAGGUUAUAGCCGCUAGCGAUUACCGAAUUAGUAAUAGAACCGCCGGUAGUAUAAGUAGUAUAUUUACCAAAAUUUACCGGGUUAGGGGUAGUAGGUGUUAUAGCACUGGCGGGUGCUAUGCCCAGAGGCGCCAUGCCUGGAAGGGUGCCUACUCUAAUCGCUUAUUUGACAGCGAAACUCGUAUGAAUCCCGAGUUCGACGAAGACGAUUUCGAUAACCCUACAAUAACACGAACCCCGACGCGUAAGGACGCGGCCAAUACGUCCAAGUCGCCUACCAAACGCAGCAACAACCCCCCCACCAACGAUGGCAACGACUACGAAGAAUCCCUCUACCUUUUAAAUAAGAAUAAUAAUAACGAUGCUAACGUCGAUUCCGUCGAUAACUUCGAUAUACUCCCCUCGCCUACGACGUUUCGUGUAAAGAAGACGCCCUCUAACAAUACUCCAGACCAGGCUAGAGAUAACUCGCCUAGACUUUUAAUAACUAAAAAAUUGAGGUCCGUUCCCGAUUUUUAA